AUGACUGUGAGUACUACUCAGCAAGAGAAGUUUGUUAGGUUUCAUGAUUCUAAUUCAGAGAAGGUUUCGGAGAGAAUUCAUCCUGCACUUAAGCCAACACAGUCGGGGAAAUUUAGAAGCACAUUAAGUUCAUUUUCUGAGAAGUUUCAAAGGGGAUUGGAAUCUGGUUCUGAGAGGAUGAUGAGGUUCAGAACAACAUUCGACUCUUUUCACCAUAACAGUGCUCUUUCUAGAAACUUUGGCUCUAAAAGGAAAAUACUUGAUCCACAAGGUUCAUUCCUUCAAAAGUGGAACAAGACAUUUGUGUUGUUAUGUGUCAUUGCUGUAUCACUGGAUCCGUUGUUCUUUUAUGUUCCUGUGAUUGAUGGUGAGAAGAAAUGCCUUUCACUGGACAGAGGAAUGGAGAUUACAGCGACUUUCUUGAGAACUUUCUCUGAUGUAUUUUAUAUAAUCCACAUGAUUUUCCAAUUCCGUACUGGAUUUAUUGCUCCCUCUUCUCGCGUAUUUGGAAGAGGUGUUUUGGUCGAAGAUUCUUGGGCAAUUGCUAAGAGAUAUCUGUCAUCAUAUUUCUUAGUUGACAUUCUUGCAAUUCUUCCCCUUCCACAGGUGGUGAUUCUAGUUAUCAUCCCGAAGAUGAGUGGCUUUGAAUCGCUCAAUACAAAGAACUUGCUGAAAUUUGUUGUUUUCUUCCAAUACAUGCCUCGACUAUUACGAAUAAUUCCAUUAUAUAAAGAAAUUACAAGGACCUCUGGCAUUCUCACUGAAACAGCUUGGGCUGGAGCUGCAUUCAAUCUCUUUCUUUAUAUGCUUGCAAGUCAUGUCCUUGGUGCCUUUUGGUACUUGUUUUCUAUAGAACGAGAAACCACAUGCUGGCAAGAAGCCUGCCGGAGUAAUGUCAUGUGUAACAAGGCAGAUAUGUACUGUAAUGAUCAUGGGGGCGGGUUUAAGACAAUUUCAACAUAUUUGAAUACUUCUUGCCCAAUACAGGAGGAAGAUAAAAAGCAAUUUGAUUUUGGAAUUUUCCUUGAUGCCCUUCAAUCCGGUGUUGUGGAGUCAAGAGAUUUUACCCAAAAACUCUUCUACUGUUUUUGGUGGGGCCUAAAAAAUUUGAGUUCUCUUGGUCAGAACCUAGCAACAAGCACUGAUUUUUGGGAAAUCUGUUUCGCAGUUUUCAUUUCCAUAGCUGGUUUGGUUUUAUUUUCAUUCCUCAUUGGAAAUAUGCAGACAUAUUUGCAGUCAACAACAACAAGACUGGAGGAGAUGAGAGUUAAAAGGAGGGAUGCAGAACAAUGGAUGUCUCAUCGAUUGCUUCCUGACAGCCUGAGAGAGCGAAUCAGGCGUUAUGAUCAAUACAAAUGGCAAGAAACCAGGGGUGUAGAUGAAGACCGUUUAAUUCACGAUCUUCCCAAAGACUUAAGAAGGGAUAUUAAGCGUCAUCUUUGCUUAGAUUUGCUGAUGAGGGUGCCAAUGUUUGAGAAAAUGGAUGGACAACUUUUGGACGCAAUGUGUGACCGUCUCAAACCAAUACUUUACACAGAGCAAAGCUAUGUUGUUCGGGAAGGAGACCCUGUCGAUGAGAUGCUCUUCAUAAUGCGAGGCAAGCUGUUGACCAUAACAACUAACGGCGGUAGAACUGGCUUCUUCAACUCUGAGUUCUUAAAAGCUGGCGACUUCUGUGGAGAGGAGCUUCUCACAUGGGCCUUAGAUCCUCAUUCCUCAUCCAACCUUCCCAUUUCCACUAGGACGGUUCAAACCAUCUUAGAAGUCGAAGCCUUUGCCCUAAAAGCUGACGAUCUGAAGUUCGUGGCAUCUCAGUUCCGGCGUCUUCACAGCAAGAAGCUGCGCCACACUUUCAGAUUCUACUCGCAACAAUGGCGUACAUGGGCUGCAUGUUUUAUACAAGCUGCAUGGCGGCGCUACUGCAAGAAGAAGCUCGAAGAGUCUCUUGUUGAAGAGGAGAACAGGCUGCAAGAUGCGUUGGCAAAGGCCGGUGGUACCUCAACAAGUCUAGGUGCCACCAUAUAUGCUUCUAGGUUUGCUGCCAAUGCACUCAGGUUAUUGCGACGAAACCGUACUGCAAGGAAGAUAAGGGUGCCCGAGAGAAUACCUGCUUUGUUGCUUCAGAAACCUGAAGAACCUGACUUUACUGAGGAAGAACAAUAA